AUGAGCCACGCUCGAGUCAAAGCCCUCAAGGGCGCUGGGAAAACCACUUCCAGAAAGGCCAUCAAGUCUGGCCGUGCUUCGGGGAACAUUACCCCUCAAAGCUCCCCACUGCCGUCAUCGCAUACGUCACCAAUACACUCUGCUGCUCACAGCCGCGCCGCUUCCGAUGCGAGCGAUAACGAAUUUGAUGACGAGCCCGUGCAAUUUGAAGACACCAUGUACGGUGAUGGUUUGGGAGGGACCGCAUUAGCCAUUCAUUUUAUGGGCCCCAGCACCGUCAUCGACGUCAAAGCUCUGAUCGAUACAAUGCGAGACAAGAAACACAACAAUAGUGAAGUUCGCGAGAAAAUACUCGGGGGCUAUAAUAAAGUGCUUCGCACCAGAUUCGAAGCGGAAACUCGCGAGCGCUGGUUGACUUCUUCUGCGCUUGAGCUGGCGCAGUUUUUUCUCAGGGGAGCUGAUCGGGGUGCAACCGCUCGGGAGAGGCUCCUGAGUCUCCAGGCCUACUAUCUGACUGUUGGUACCACCGGAGACCUGGAGAUCUUCGAAACCAGCGAGCGGGCUUUGAAACAGAUUCUGAUAGAUGACGACAAUGACGAAAUCAGGGUGCUUGCCAUCUACGUCCUUUGCUUGACGGUUCUUUACGCCGGCGGAUUGGAAGAAGCUGCGCUGGAAGUCAUGCAGUACCUUGUUGAUAUCGUGCAGACCGACGGUGACAGCGUCGAAUUGCACGACAACGAGGCGGUCGUGGCUGCCGCCAUUGUCGGCUGGACCUUUGUGGCCAGCCAUGUCCGAGACUUUUCAGCCUCUGCCGAUGCCGCCAUGAAUGCCUUUGUCGAGCAACUCGACAGCUCCGUUGUCGAUGUGCAGUGCAACGCGGCGCAAGCCAUUGCGCUCAUCUUUGAGUCGGCACGAAACUACGAGGCGGAGAUGGGCGAGCCUUUUCAACUGCAAUGCGACCCCCAAAGACUUGCUGGACGGAUGAGGGAGCUUAUCAAAGCCAGCAGCAGCAAGUCGGUGCCCAGGAAGCAACGCCGAAAGAUGCGCGAGAGCCUCGCCAGCGUAGCUACCUCUCUCGAACGGGGCGUUGGACCUUUCUACUCAACCGCGCUCCUCUUCCCGGACCAUAUUGCUGACGGCCGAGCAACUAUAUCCUAUCGCAACGAGGAAGGCGAGCCAGAGUACGGCUACAGGUGCCAUCUACGCAUCGGAAUUUACAGCACCCUCGUCAGCACCUGGUCGCUCCUGUCCCGUGCUCGGGUGAUGAAGAUCUUGUUCCGCGAAGCACUCCAGCGCCACCUCUUCAUCAACCCUGUAGUCAUGGAAUGCCUGGACGAUGCGAAGUGGACAGUUGUCGGUGGCGUCCGCCGACCAUGUUGUCAUUGUCAUUGA